AUGCCACCUAGAUUUCGUCAGUCAUCAUCAUCGCAUUCAUCAUACAAUCCGAACACGCCAUCACCGUAUCCAAAUACGCCAUCACCGUAUCCAAAUACGCCAUCACCCUAUCCUAUAUAUGCUAAAUCUCCGCCUGAUCCGUCUCCUCAAACUCAGUACACGCCAUCUCGUAAUCCAUCUAUCAUUCCUCAAUCUCCGCCUGAUCAGUCUCCUCAAACUCAGUACACACCAUCUCGUAAUCCAUCUAACAUUCCUCAAUCUCAGCCUGAUCCGUCUCCUCAAACUCAGUACACGCCAUCUCGUAAUCCCUGUAACAUUCCUCAAUCUCAGCCUGAUCCGUCUCCUCAAACUCAGUACACACCAUCUCGUAAUCCAUCUAUCAUUCCUCAAUCUCCGCCUGAUCAGUCUCCUCAAACUCAGUACACACCAUCUCGUAAUCCAACUAACAUUCCUCAAUCUCACCCUGAUCCGUCUCCUCAAACUCAGUACACACCAUCUCGUAAUCCAUCUAACGUUCCUCAAUCUCAGCCUGAUCCGUCUCCACAAAAUGAGUUCACGCCAUCUCGUAAUCCAUCUAUCAUUCCUCAAUCUCCACUUGAUCCGACUACACAAACUCAAUUCACGCCAUCUCGUAAUCCAUCUAUCAUUCCUCAAUCUCCACCUUAUCCGUCUCAGCAAACUCAGUACACGCCAUCCCGUAAAUCUAAUGUCAUUCUUCAAUUACAGCCUGAUCCGUCUCCUCAAGACCAAUACACACUGUCUCUCAGUUCAAAUUUUCCAAAUACUUCAUUUAAUCAUUCUUCGUACGUAGUAGAGGGGAGUGGUUUUGACAUGAAAGAUUUUAUUUUAUUUAAAUAG